AUGAUUGAUCGCGCUCGUCUACAUGGUGUCAAUCAUCAAGUUGGAUUGGAGUCUAAAGUGCUAGAACCUCGGAUUAUCACAGUAGUUCUGAGAGUUUACAUGCAUUGCGAAGCUUGUGUGCAGAAAAUCAAGAAGUGCAUAGAGAGAAUGAAAGGAGUAGUAUCAGCGGAACCCGAUCUGAAGAACUCGCAAGUGAGUGUGAAGGGAGUGUUUGAGCCUGCAAAGCUAGUGGAACACGUGUACAAGAAAACUGGGAAGAAAGCAGAGAUCGUGAAGGAAGAACAGGAGAAAAAAGAGGAAGCAAAAGAAGGAAAAGAUGAGAAGAAAGGUGAGGAAGUUGGGAAAGAUGAGAAGGGUGGUGGUGAUUCUGGUGAAGGAGAGGGAGAGGCCUGGGAAGAAAGCAGAGGAGAAGAACACGUGUACAAGAGUACUGGGAAGCAAGCAGUGAUCGGGAAGGAAGAACCGGAAAAAAAAGAGGAAGCAAAAGAAGGCAAAGAAGAGAAGAAAGGUGAGGAAGUUGGGAAAGAUGAGAAGGGUGGUGAUGAAGGAGAGGGAGAGGAGAAGAAAGAAGCAGAGGGAGAGGCCAAAGCAGAGGAAGGAGCUGCAAAAGAAACAAAGGGGGUGGAGGUGAAGAAGUUUGUAAAAUACUAUUACAAUUACAAUUACAACCAAAUAAGGUAUCUCAAGGAAUUCUAUGCAUUCCCUGGGUCAGCAUACCCAUAUCUACAUGAGACCUUCAGUGAUGAGAACCCCAAUGCUUGCUCUGUGAUGUAAAAAUGGAGGAAUGUCAGGGGUAAUAUUACAAUUUGCAUUAAAACAUCUCCAAGAGACCCUUCUUUUGGAAACAGUAGGAGAGAAGGAUAUUAAG